CCAACCCAAAGUCAUGCAAUUAUCAUCAGCAGCAGCAGCUUCCUCUAAGUCAAGACCUCAGAAACCAUUACAAAUAUUGCAGCAGCAGCAGCUUCCUGUUGUUUCUGAUCAAAGCAACAACAACAGCAAGGAGAAGAAGAACAACUCUCUAUCAGAACAAGAACUGAAGCUAGCAGCCAUAGCAAUCAGCCUAAACGUGCGAUUAAGAACCUCAGACAUGCCCGUGUCCAUGCAAGAGCAUGCACUCCGCUACACCCGAUCACUCGUCACUGCCGGUACCUCCGGUGCCACUCCUCCUCAAACUCAUCGACUUAGCCCCGCCCUCCUCGCUCGUUCUCUCAAAAAGGAGUUUGAUGGGUUGUAUGGGCCGGCAUGGCACUGUGUAGUGGGGAAGAGUUUCGGGUCGUUUGUCACACAUUCACCAGGCGGGUUUGUGUAUUUCUCUUUGGAUUCGCUGUCUUUUCUUCUAUUCAAGACUGAAGUUCAGCUGGUUAUCAAUUGAACUGAACGAUAUUUCACACUCCCA